AUGGUCUCCGUGGCUGUCUUCUUGGCAGGGACCAUGGUGUUCUUCGCCUGGAUCGCGGUGACAGUCUUCAAAGACCUCGACCAUGGGAACGAGGGCUUUACGUCCCUCAAAGAAUCGAUGAACUCGAUGUUCAUCGCUGGAGUGUCAGACGAGUUUGUCAGCGUGUUUCUCAAGUCCUACACGGCCUAUCGCUACGUGGGCAUUUUGUGGCUGAUCUUCCUCGUGAUCGCCCAUGUGCUGCUCCUCAGUUUAGUUCUCGACACGCUCUGUGCGGCUUACAUGUCCUACUCUGAGCAGCGCACGGAGGAAGUAGCGGAGCAGCGCAUCAAGGGGAUGUGGAAGGCCUUCACCACACUUGUGGAGGCCACCGGCAGCAAAAACCAAGAGGUUUCGGAGAAGUACUUCUUCCUCUUCUUGGAGGAGAUUAGCAAGUCCCCGCGAUCUGUGGGCAUUUCUCCCGAUGAGGCACAGAUCAUGUGGGAGGCGAUCGAUCGUGACAAGUCCGGGAGCAUUGAGCGUGAGGAGUUCAUCGGCGUGGUUGGCCUGAUCCAAUACGACUUCUGGACGACCAGGAAGGACUCCUACAUCAAGGACUACUUCCCGAAUCUCUGGAACAGCUCAGGAUAUCGGAAGUUCCGGGCCUUUGUGGACUCCAGCGAGGACCUGGAGCUGUCUGUAAUUACCCUGGAGAGGGCGAUGACCUUGGUCCUGUUGGUGAAUCUCAUCCUUGUGGUCUUAGAGAGCUACUACGACCUCAACAAGUGGGAUGAGCCGCCAUGGAUGGACUCCCUCGAGCUGGCCUUCUCCUUCGUGUACCUAGGCGAAGUGUCCUUGAAGCUUGCCGUGUACUCCUUUGCGGAGUACUGGUCGACGAUCUCAAACCAGUUCGACUUCUUUACCACGAUGCUGCUUCUGGUCACGGCGAUCGCCGAGAGGCUCUUCGCCAGUGGCAUUGCGACCUACGCCAACAUGCUUCGACUGCUGAGGCUGCUUCGUGUGGUGAAGAACUUAAAGAACCUCGAGUCGGUGCAGUUCAUGAUCGACACUGUAUCCAAGCUGGUGGCGGCGUCGAAGGACAUGAUCACGUUGCUGGGCGUGGUGGUCUUCUUCUUCUGCUGUGCAUCGGUUCAGGCCUUUGGUGGGGACCUCUACGAAAACAACAAGAACCUGGAGGGCAGCGAGUACCUGGAGAAGCACAUGCUGGUGCUCAACUUCAACGACGUGCCCUGUGCCUUCGGGGUCUGGUUCGUGAUGCUCCUGUGCGAGUACGAGCCGAACUUUCCCGAGGCCGUGUCGCGGACAUCUUCGGUGCCCUUCAGCUGGAUCAUGUUCCCAGUCUUCUACGUGUGCGGCGUCAGCAUCGUCUUUGAGUUGGUCAAGGCCUUCACCAUCGAAGUUUUCAUGUCCCUGAAGCAGCGCUGGAAUCAAAUGAAGCUAAAGAAUGAGGGCAUGCAUGGCAGCGCCACGGAAGACCUGGGCCUGGACAUGGACUCCUUUACCAAGGCUUUCGAGGAGAGGGGUGAAGUGCUUCACUAUCGGGUGCAAGGCCAUCCGUCGCAGAUGGCGAUGGUCAAGGAGGCGCAAGAGCGGAUGAUCCAAGGGCACGGCCACGGAGACACUCCUCAGCACGGCCACGGCGACUCCCCUCACAAGCAUGGCCAUGGAGAGUCUCCUCCUCACUCUCAUGGCCAUGGCCACGGGGAGACUCCUCGCCACCAAAGCAAAGAGAAGCAUGGCCCAUGA